AUGCCGCGCCCGAAUGCCGCCUCCUCCUCCUCUGCCCGGCCUCACCAGCAGCAGCAGCCGCCGGCGUUUGACCCGGCCGCCGUCAAGCUCACGCGAGGCACCAGCUGCGUGCUGUGCCAGCAGCGCAAGGUCCGCUGCGACAAGAACAAGCCCUGCUCCAACUGCGUCAAGGCCGGCGCCGAGUGUCGCGUCGUGCCGCCCCAGCCGCCAAGGCGCCGCAAGAAGCGCCUGCAGGAAAAGGACCUGCUGGACCGGCUGCGCAAGUACGAGGCGCUCUUGGCGCAGAACGGCGUCAAGUUCGAUGCCAUUGACCCCGACUAUAGGGCCGAUGGCGUGGCCGGCGACGAGGUGGACGAGCUGGAGACCGACUUUGAGAGUCUCAAGACGUCUGCCGAAGCAUCGGGCAACCCUCCCAACUCGACCGGCGCAGGCUCAGCAAGCGAGCAGAUGCUCAAAGACUCGUCCGAAGAUGAGGACGAUUAUGCCCCCAACCUUGCCGCCAACCAGUCCUUCAUCCAUGCCGCCUUUGACAAGAUGUUUGCCAACCAGGACGGCUUCCCUUUCAUCAUUGGAGGUUCCAUAGCCUCCGUCACGCACUUGCACCCUCCCUCCAUCCACAUACUCCAGCUUUGGCAAAUCUACAUUGACAACAUCAAUCCGCUGCUGAAGAUGACCCAUGUGCCUAGCAUUCAGAGCAAGGUCAUCGAGGCCACGUCCCGCCUUCACGAGGCCCCAAAGAAUAUCGAGGCCCUCAUGUUUGCCAUUUACGUGAUUUGCGUCAACUCUCUCGAGGAUGGCGAGGUCCAGAGAACCUUUGGCGAGACAAAGCAGGAGCUGUUGGCCAGGUUUUUCCCAGCACUUCAGCAGGCUCUGGUCAAUGCUGGCUUUAUGCGCAUGCCCGACCCCCUGACUCUGCAGGCAUAUCUUUUAUACUUGAUGGCCGUCCGGUGGUAUAUAGACCCGAGGCAGGUAUUCUGCAUGAUGGGCAUUGCCGUUCGCCUCGCCCAGCGGAUGGGUCUUCACCGCGACCCCGACGGCUACGGCCUGUCCCCCUUUGAAGUUGAGCAGAGGCGGCGCCUAUGGUGGACAAUCGUCUCCUACGAUCGGCGUGUAGGGGAGAUGACGGGUUCGACCGUGACUGCGCUGACUAGCGGCUGCGACUGCAAGAAACCUUUAAACGUCAAUGACUCUGAUCUACACAUUGACGGCAAAGAGCCCCCGACACCGCACUCGGGCCCCACCGAGAUGCUCUUUGCUCUGACGCGCGUUGAGCUCUCCAUGGCCGUCGCAAGCAACAGCAACAGAGACAGCUUCAAGAUGUACCCCGAAAAGAAGACGGACGCUGCCCAGCCCGGGAAGCCGAGCCCCGUCACGAUUCGCCUUGCUGGCCAAGACACUCCCGCGUACACUCUCGACGGGUUCUGUGCUCACAUCGAGGGCACGUACCUGGUUCACUGCGACCCCAAGAUUCCUCUCCACUUCUUCACCCUGACCAUGACGCGAGCGGCGCUCUGCAAGAUGCGAAUCAUCAACUUCCUAGUUCGCAGCCUCAACAGCGACCCGAUGCCGCUAAAGGAAGUAGAGCGCGACACCCUCAUCUUGGGAGCGGUCGAGAUGCUUGAAUACGACAACGUGGUCCAGUCGUCUCCCAGCCUCCAGCCGUACAAGUGGUACGCAAUGCAUUACUUUCCCUUCCCGGCAUACAUGUUCCUGGUCCAGGAGCUCCGCAAACGCAGUUCGGGGCCGCUGGUGGAGAGGGCCUGGGCGGCCAUUGAGUCCAAUUACGAGCUCAGAGGCCUUCUGAGCAAUCUCCACAGCCCCAUGCACACGGCCUUUAGUGGCCACUUUGUCAAGGCCUGGACGGCGCAUUACGAGGCCCAGCGAGCGGCCGGCAAAGAGAUUCCCAUGCCGCAUUUCAUAUCCAAGCUUCAGGAACGUGUCGAGACCCGGCGCAAAGCACGCUUGGAGAACCGCCCAGACCCCGGCGAGCAGACAACCCCGGUCGUGACCUUUCCUCGGCCGCGGACUCGCGAGACGUCGUCCAACUCGCCAGACAACAACGCUGCCAUGAUGACCCCACCGGUAGACCAGACUGCCGGGUUUGGCGGCGCCCAUCCCGCCAUGGCGCCCUCCAGCUCGGCGUCUGGGGAAGACGACAUGGACUGGUCAUUUCUCAUGUCGGGCUAUCAGGACGCCGAUACGUUUCAAGGGUUCAGCACCCCUUAUCACGCUGGAUUCGGCAAUGGCAUGGAGGGCUUGCGCAACAGUAGCGGUGGCGGACCGCCUCCACACAUGGGGGGAUACGGCGGCCCCGGGGGAGGGGGACCGUCGGGGAAUAUGUUUGGAAACUAG